GCAUGGUGUGUGGCUUGUGUGUAUGCCGAGGCAAAGGAAAGCACCACAGAGAUGGAGACAUGAGGACUGAACAGACAGCAACAAGUGGUGGACGGGGUUUAAACUCUGCUAGCCCUGCUGGAUCUCACCCAGACUCAGGCAUACCGGGCUGGAGGGACAGCACUGGCUACAUGCUUGGCAGCUGAAGGAGGAGAAUGACAAAACCUGAACGGCAGCCAAAUGGUUUUACCUCAACUCAGAAACAAAAGAGCGCACUUUGAAAGACAAGAAAAGAGAGUAUGUGAAUGCCUCCAGCUAGUCCCUUUGCACACCUGGAGAGGUUAGCUGGCAAAGACUAACAUUUCCCAAGCAGCCAUGCAGAAGUGUGCCCCGUUGAGACGAUGAUCAGAAUGUUCCUGGCACACCCGGCAUCCUCACUGGCACAGCUGUCCUCUGCACGCGUCUUCUUCUGCCUCCUCCUGUGCAUCCCUCCUGUGUGGACCUCCUGCCCCCAGCCCUGCCAGUGCACAGAUCACUCGGGAGCCAUGGCUGUGCUGUGCAGCUCAAAGCAUUUGGACGCAAUCCCAAAGGACAUUCCCCAAGAUGCUGUGUUUGUGAAGCUCGAUGCAAAUAAAAUCACCCAGAUCCCCAACAACGCGUUCAAACACCUGAACCACUUGGAAGAGCUGGACCUCUCCAGAAAUGCCAUUGAGAAGAUAGACAUGGCAGCUUUCAGAGGGGUGGCAGAUGGGCUGCGGACGCUGGAUCUUUCCAAUAACCUUAUUCAGAGUAUUCCCAAGGAAGCCUUGGUCAAAUUGAAUGCUAAGAUCCGCUUGUCCAAUAACCCGUGGCACUGCGAGUGCGCUUUGCAGGAGGUGCUCUGGGAAGUGAAGCUAGAUCCCGAGUCGGUGAACGAGAUCACCUGCCAAACCUCUGUGCGGGAAGAAUAUGUCGGGAAGCCUUUGAUCCAGGUCCUGGACUCUGGCGUCAAUUUCUGUAACAUCCAUCAAAAGACCACGGAUGUUGCUAUGUUCAUCACCAUGUUCGGCUGGUUCACCAUGGUCAUCACCUACGUGGUGUAUUAUGUUCGACACAACCAGGAAGAUGCUAGGAAGCACCUGGAGUACCUUAAAUCACUGCCUAGCACCCAGGUCCCUAAAGAGACCAUCAGCACGGUCCUGUAAUGCCAAGCACAGAGCACUGUGUCAAGAAAUGCCUCGGGGGAAGCAAUCUGCUUCUGACCUGCUUGCACAAGGUUUUCUAGGAGGGUUUUAUGUGACACUUGAUAGAAACAUGAAAAUGUAUUUUGUUAUUAACCGAACUGUGGCCACAAGCUUGUAAGGGAACAGCAGUGCCCCUGUUUACGUCACAUCCCUUGCCAUGGCGGGUUACUCAUUACUAACUAAGACACCACAGGAUACGUCCUGGCCUCUACAGAAGGUUAGAGAGCAGAACCCCAUAGUCCUGCCUGCCUCUGUCACUCCAGAGCGUGGUGUUCCGGACAGCAGAAUGUGCAGCCAGAUAUCAACGGUCUCCAGCAUCUGGAGGGAGUGCGGGGAUCCUAAGUUGUACCGCUAAGCAGUCAGGAUCUGCUCAGCACCAUCAGCAUGAGACCAACACACAGGGCCUGUGCCUGCAACUGACACAGCCGUGUGACCCUGGAGCCUAAGAAACCAAUAACUGCCCCAAGCUGCAUUUCCCCGGCCCCACCCCAAGUUCCCUGCUAGAGGGAGCCCUCCGCACUGAUAGAGGGGUCAGCCACCAUUACAGCACCGGCCCCUCCUCGCCCCACAUGGGCGAGAACAGCUUUGGGGGCAGGCCAGGGAUCUGCCUGCUCAUGCUAUGUACUGGUUGGGCUCUGCACACGAGCAUGCUGGCAGCUCUGUGUGGAAGGCCCUGCUCUGGGUCCCUGCGCGGGGAGCAUCCACAGCCAGGUAGCUAGAUGGGCACACAAGCCAAACCAGCGCGUGUUGGUACCUUCAGCCGGGGAGAACGCCCCAGAAGUGGGAGAUUAGUGGGUCACCGUCAGCUUCUGUCAUGCCAGAGAGACUCACGCUCAGCCCUGGGGCCUCCUACCUGGGUCACCGUUCAAUGGGGUCGACUCACCCUCUCCUGCCCCCUUCUGGGUCCUGGGCAACGUUCCCUGAUGAGAGGAGAAAAAUGAGCUGUUUGCCCAGGCCCUCCCCAGUACCGCCCACUCCAGUCAUGUGUCAGACCCCACCAAUCAUGAGAUCGGCCCCCAAAUCAGGAGGGUUUUGGUUUAAAGAGUGCAAGGUUGGGUUUGGGCUAGUUUUGGAUUUUUGAAAAAAAAAAUUGUGACAGUCAGUGCUGCCAGCUCUUCCCCGUGUGUGUGUGAUAGUUGCCAUGCUGCCAGCUCUCCCCAGCAGACAGAGUCGGGGACUCUGCCCCCUGCAGAGGCUCUCACUGCUGCUCCGUGGGGCAGCACUUCCAGUUUCUCCCCAAACCCCAACAUUCUAACUCAUUAAUUCUGAGUCCUGCCCCCCCCCCGCCCACAUCUGCACCCCCCCUGCCCCCAGGCAAUAAUUAAUUAUACGACCUCAGCCCCCGCAUCAGUGCUGAUCCCCCAUUGGCCCUUUCCCCAGCCCUGCAUCUGCUCCUCCUGCAGGGUGUGUGUGUGUGUGUGUGUGUGCAGGGAGAGGCAGCCCCUUCCCUACCACAAGACUCCUCCGGCUCCUAAGGGGAUGGGGGCAGAGCCCUGCCUGCCUCCUGCAGCAGCUCUCAGCACUGCGCCCCACCUCCUGCCCCGGGGCUGCUGCAGCCAGGGGAUGCUACCAGGAAUGGGGCCAGACUCCAUGCAGCGGCACAGCAACACCGGCAGGCCCUGGGAAUCUGCUGAGUCUGAGGGCGGGGCCUGUAAAGGAGAAAGCCCCGCCCCAACGGGCAAUGGGAGGAGCUCCAUGACAGGAGCCUUGUGAGAGUCCUUCUCCUAGAGCCCCCUCUUGGGGCACUGGUCAUGGGAGGGGAUGAGCCAGCACUGCUGGGCGAUUAGCUAGGUACUGGCUGGGCGGGUUAGCUAGUUACUGACUGUCUGUCUGCGGGGAUAGCAAGUUACUGACCAGCUCUCUGUCUGGGCAGUUUAGCUAGUUACUGCCUGCCUGUCUUGGGGGGAGGGUAGCUAGUUACUGUCUGUCUGUCGGGGUGGGUUAGCUAGUUACUGUCUGUCUGUCUGGGGGUGGGGGGUUGGCUAAUUUCUGUCUGUCUGGGAGUGUUAGCUAGUUUCUGUCUGGGUGGGUUAGCUAGUUUCUGUCUGUCUGUCUGUUGGGGGGGGCAGUUAGCUAGUUAAUGUCUAUCUGGGAGUGUUAGCUAGUUACUGUCUGUCUGUCUGGGGGAUGGGGGUUAGCUAGUUUCUGUCUGUCUGGGAGUGUAAGCUAGUUUCUGUCUGUCUGGGUGGGUUAGCUAGUUUCUGUCUGUCUGUCUGGGAGUGUUAGCUAGUUACUGUCUGUCUGUCUGUCUGGGGGUGGUGGUUAGCUAGUUAAUGUCUUUCUGGGAGUGUUAGCUAGUUUCUGUCUCUCUGGGUGGGUUAGCUAGUUUCUGUCUGUCUGGGAGUGUUAGCUAGUUACUGUCUGUCUGUCUGUCUGUCUGUCUGGGGGUGGUGGUUAGCUAGUUAAUGUCUUUCUGGGCGUGUUAGCUAGUUUCUGUCCAUCUGUCUAGGGGGUUAGCUAGUUACUGUCUGUCUUGGGGUGGGGGGUUAGCUAGUUACUGUCUGUACAGGCUUUCUGGAUGUAAAGUACCAUAGGGGACCUGUAUCGUUGUUGUUUGGUUUCACUCUGGGUGUGCAUGUUCCUGUUUCCACACGUGCAGUUUUCUUCUGUCCCCAGCAGUGCUGUGUGUGGGGAGCCAGUGCAGGAGGCCGGCUCAUACCCUCCCAUGGACACUGUCCCUGAAGAGGUCUGAGAGAAGGACUCUCCCCAUGGGCACUGUGGAUAAUGAGAGAUGGUUGGGCUACAAAGGGAGUAGCCGGCCCUCACGCCUGCCUACAGCUUUACUAGCUUCUCAGUUAUGUCCCCAGUGAAGUAAUGAUGGAAGGAACUAACAAUGGGCGUGCGUGCUGCAGAAAUAGGGCGUGACCCUGAUCCUCUUCCAUUGCCUUUGCUGAGGGAAAGGUGGCUGUUCUGACGGUGUUCAUGCUCCACUACAGCGGCGGAUGGCUUUGGUUAGCGAGCGGACCAGGCGGAAAAGGGGCUGUUCUCCCACUUUCCCACCCAAGUGCCUCCUCUGCUCUGCAUACGGCACCUCAGGUUGGCACCAAAAUGCUGCUGCUUUUCUAACCUUCCCUUUCUCAAUAAAGUCACACAGAAUUGCCAA